AUGGUGCCCACGACCGACGAAACUCAGUUAAUGAAAAUAAUACUUGGUAUUAUAAACGUCUGCGGUCCGAUGGGAUUGAAGCUGAGAGAUUUAGAAAGCGAAUUUAGAGUCUUCUGCGGCUUCGAUUUGCCGUACAGGGAGCUCGGCUACGACGACCUGAAAUCGUGGGUUCUAACGCUACCCAACAUCUAUUUGCUUAAAGACGAUAACAACGAAGAAACUCUGUUCCAAUACAGCGAAAAAUCCAACCACGUGCGACAACUGAUUUUCAAACAGAAGAGCUUCCAGGAUAAGAAGAUUUACAAUUCCAGACCUCAAAAUAGAAAUUAUGGAUGGAGGAAUGAAAGGAACUUGGAAAAAAAGUACUCAAAACACAAUUCAUCGCAUAUCCAUCAAUCGAUUAACACUGUUAGUAUCAACGAUACAGACAGAUUCCACGAGUUUAACAAACUGGAGAGCAUGUUACCACUGUUUUAUAAACACCAAGGUUUAGGAGACGAUUUUCUUUUGGAUAUUGCUGAUACCAAAUUCGGUUAUUAUGUUCCUGAAGAAGAAUGCGGAUUGUGCUCGUCAAAUCUAACUAUAUCCGAGCUCACCGAGAAAGUCAGAAAUACGCAAUAUUUAGCUCCGAGAGUAGUCGUCAUGAUAGGAUUAACAGACCUGCUAAUGCACAAAAACGUGAAUGACAUGAUCGUGGAUUUACAGGAGCUGGUUAAAGAAUUGAAGGACAGAAAUACUAGAAUUACACUGGUCACUUUAAUUCCAACUCCGAAGAUGAUGAACUUGAGCAGCAGAUAUUUCACUCGAAUGAAGAUAUUUAACGAUGCUAUUAAAGAUUACAGCUACUCUGUAAAACUCAAGUGCAACAUCAUCGACAUGUACUCGAUAUUCCGUGAAGAGGAAAGCAAAUUUAACAGGAACCAGGACAGACUAACUAAAAUCACUAAAACCGACAAGUACAAGGUGUUUUCGGAUUACGGCAGAAAAAUUUUCAUCAGUAAUCUGAAGAGUUGUCUCGUUGAACAACUAAUGGCUGGACAUUAG